AUGGAAGGGGAUCGACCGACCUGUACGUCGUCGGGUAGAAACUGGCAGCGUGGAAGUUAUCGCGGCGUGGGUCGCGGCGGGAGACGACGGAAACGAAGACGGAAACCGUGGACCGAGAGGAUCGCGGACUGGACCAGGUCUCUGAUAGCCUUCCUCUUCAGCAACGUCGGGAUCGUCUGUCUGGUGGUCGGUUACACUAUAGCCGGCGCUUUUCUCUUCACCCACAUCGAGGGCAGGAACAGCCUGGACGUCGCCGGAGAUGUGAUCAGGCUGAGAAACAUGACAGCUGCCACCCUGUGGGAGCUUACUUCCAAGGAAAACGUGUUCUCCGAGCGGAUCUGGAAGACGAAAGUUAGAGCGAUUCUCGAGAGCUACCAGAGGAAAUUAGUAACGUCCGUGAAGAAUGGCUACGACGGAGCAGACGAGAACAAGAGGUGGAGCUUCGCUGGGGCCUUCCUCUACUCCCUAACAGUGAUCACAACGAUCGGUUACGGUAACAUCUGUCCGAAAACGAAAUGGGGCAAAGUGGUGACCAUAGUGUACGCCAUAAUAGGCAUGCCACUUUUCUUGCUCUAUCUCAGCAACAUCGGCGACAUUCUUGCGAAGAGCUUCAAAUGGACCUACGCCCGUUGCUGCCUCUGCAGAUGUCGGAGGAAACCACGGGAACUUACUGUGAGGGGUGUUCAACGGGACGGCGUUGAUAUUAGGAAAAAUCAUUGGCAGAUGGUCAAUAUGCAUGGAAGAGAGAUAGAUACGUUCAGCGUGGGCAAAGAAAGUUUACAGAGCAGUGACGGGGCGAAAGAGGACGACGGGAACGACGAGGACGAUGACGAGAGCAGCAGUUACGAUCCUCAACGCGUCACGGUGCCUCUGACUCUCUGCGUCGCCAUUAUGGUCGGAUACAUUUGGGGCGGAGCGAUCCUGUUCUCCGAGUGGGAGGAAUGGAACAUGCUGGAUGGCUCUUAUUUCUGCUUCGUCUCCUUAUCGACCAUAGGUUUCGGGGAUAUCGUUCCCGGCGACAAAAUCUACGCGGCACAGGGCCUAGAUUUGUCCUUCAUCUUCUGUUCCAUGUACCUGAUGCUCGGUAUGGCGUUGAUCGCGAUGUGCUUCAACCUGAUGCAGGAGGAGGUGAUCGCGAAGGUGCGCGCGUUCGCCCGUACCGUUAGAUACAUCUUCCGGUGUGACAGGUGA